AUGUACGACAGCGUUGGGGCGAUCUUAACGUCCACCUUCUUCCUCGUCCUCCUUGAGCCUGGCUGGGUAGCAUCCCGAGCAUGCUUGUACCCAUGCCAGUGUCCCACACAGCCCCUCCAGUGCCCUGUUGGCAUCAGCCUUUUGCUGGACAGCUGUGGAUGCUGCAAGGUGUGUGCCCGGCAGCUUGGCGAGCCGUGCUCCGUCCGGAAACCCUGCGAUCACCAUAAAGGACUCUACUGCAACUUCUCCAAGACCCACAGAGACAGCGGGAUCUGCUUAGCUCAUGAAGGGGCUACCUGUGAUCUGCUGGGCAAAAUCUAUCUGAACGGCGAGACCUUCCAGCCCAGCUGCAAGUUGCAGUGUAUCUGCAUGGACGGCGCCAUCGGCUGCAUCCCCCUCUGCUCUGACGGUGUGCGGCUGCCUUCCCCGGACUGCCCGUUCCCCCGCCGAGUGAAGGUGCCGGGCAAAUGUUGUGAAGAGUGGGACUGUGAAGGGGGCAAUCAGAAGAACCACUUUGAAAAGGGUAUGGCAGUUUACAGGGAUGAUCCAUCCCCCAAACCCGAUCUUCAGCUCAACAACCUCCAGGAAAACUGCUUAGUUCAGACCAAGGAGUGGAGCCCCUGCUCGAAGACUUGCGGGAUGGGCAUUUCUACGCGGGUCACCAACAACAACCCCCAGUGCCAACUGGAGAAGGAGAGCAGACUUUGUGUGGUCCGAUACUGUGAUGUCCCUUUGGAGAGGAGCAUCAAGAAGGGGAAGAAGUGUGUGAGGAAUCCAAAACCCCGCAAAGUGAUCCGAUUUGAGUUCACAGGCUGUACCAGCACACGUACUUACCGGCCCAAGUUUUGCGGCAGCUGUGUGGACGGGCGCUGCUGCACUCCGCACACAACCAACACAGCAGAAGUGGAAUUCCAGUGCCCGGAGGGAGACUCCUUCGUGCGCAAGAUGAUGAUGAUCAAAUCCUGUUCCUGCCAUUAUGACUGCCCGGUGGACAAUGAUAUCUUCUUGGCUGUCUACCACAGGCGAAUGGUUGGUGACCAUGUUGAAACAGAGAGGCAGUAG